GUGCGAAUGUCCAGAACGCUGGCUCGGACUCGAUCAGAGCGAGGCAAGUAGCCUCCAAUCCGUCAUAUUAUGUCUGCCCGCUCAGCGUAUGGGUAUGGGUAUCUUUGGUGCCGUCGUAAGGCAGGGGGCCCUUCUCGCAUCGAAGCUGUAAGCAUUCAUCCCCGGCCGAAAUGCUCGGAGCAGUCUGGCACGGAGAGAUGUGCAAAACGGGGCAAACUCAUCGCCUCAGCAUCUAGACGGCAUGAUCUGUAUGUCUGUUUUGCAUGGAUACCUAGGUGAUAUCACAGGGAGUUGAAUUGGAACCAAGCAUUGAAAUAACCUUCCGGGCGAUGAUCCAUGGGAUACGUGCCGAUCGGCGCUGAUUAUUCUUGAAAAGUCUUGUUUCGGUGCCCUAUUAGAGGUGAUAGUGGCUACUAUGGUAGGUGAAGGUAUAAGAGCAAGGCAAAGCCCCCUGCUACCCGGAAUAUCCACUGGGACCCCCUGGCCGAAAAAACAAGAGGAUAUAUUUUAAAGGUCCAGAAUUAUUCCUCAACGCAAAGACCCCCAUGUGCUUUGGGAGCCUAGCAAAACUGGCCUCUGUGGCUCAGUUGGUUCAGCUUGGCUCUCAAUUCACUGGGCGACCGAGACUCCUGUUCGAUUCCCGCAAUAGCCAUUCAGUCUAUUCGUUCAAUCGAACAGUGUCCCCCUCCUCCCGAGCUUUCAGAUCCAGGUCUUGUCUGGGUUUCAAACUGGCAUCGGCCAGAAGGCGUCAAGACCUCGAUUCCCUGUGCUUACCGUCCCCUCCCCAGCCCCGCCGGCUCUCCUCCCGAAUCGGAAAAACCUCGACGGUUUCACUUACCAGGACCCCCAUUGCAGAGGGGUUCCUGGAAAAGUUUUUGCCAUUUCUGAUGAAUUCUACUAUGAUACUGCUUUCAGUUUCUCUUUCCACUCUGAGCUUCACGCCGAAUCGAUCAUGCACAAACACGUCAGAAUCAGCCGAGAAUUCUUCGUCUGUUUUUGCCGAUAUGCGCCAGCUAGACGCACUGUACGAGUUAUUUGAGCUGUGCUUUUGCUUUUUGCCCUCACUACAGCGUAUGUCCGCAAGAUAAUUGAGUUCUCCUGUUUUAUGACCAUCGAGAUCGUUGAACUUGUCCACUUCUCCUCCUAAGCACGUUAUAUCAUCUGUAUGGGUUCCUUGAGUUUCAGUUGAUGAUACGACUUUGCCUAUACCCACAAGAGCAGGGCUCAUGCGCGGUUUCUGUCUGCGGCUGGCUAUAAGCGGAAACCUAUGACAGUUGUUGGGCUACGGAUACGACCAGUGUUGCCGAGUGCAGCUCUAGCUUCCCAGCUAGAUUACUACAGAAUGUCCCAGAGACAUGACGGAGAAGGGUAUUGGUGCGGGACCAAUAAUGCCUUGCCAUUUUCCUACCCACGGCUUCUGAAGUGCAGAUGUUUGCAGAACCUCAUCUUAAGCGCUGUUGAUGUCAAGCGUUCGGCUUCCGCUGAAGGUCUGCUAUGGUAUGCAGGGGUAAAUACUACGGUCUGCUGUUCCGCAGCUUCUAGAUUGACGGCAGCCUAAAAGAUGCUGUGAGCUAAUUCAGGUCGAGUCAAUCGUCGAUUAGGAUUCAGGUUGACGAAGAAAUAUCAGUCAACUGUAGGAGCACACCAUGUCAAGCAGAUGUUUAUCCCAGGGCACCGUACCUGGUCUGUUACUCUA